AACCGAUUAGGCGUCACCACCCCAGGGCUGCAAAUUCAUGAGUGCGCUCUUUUUUCCCCCGUAGACGGUCCGGUCCCGUUAAGAGAGGACGAAACCGGCCCACGGGGGACUCGUUCAGAGCGGACAAUAAACUAGAUGUCUUUGUCCAUCAGCUCGGGGGGUAAAUAUCAUUCUCGGUGGUGUCGCCGACCUGACGAACAUCGCCGUGCUGCUGUUGGUGUUGUUGUUGUUGUUGUUGUUACAUAGCAGUAGCCAACAUGGCUGAGGACGACAGCGAGUGGGUCGUAGAGAGCAUCGUCGGCUACCUGGGGAGCCCCGAGUGGGUCAUUCCCGUCACGGACUUCAUGGAGAACAAAUGCACAGUUUUUGAUGACGAAGAUGAGAAUAAGCUGUCAUACACAGAGAUCCACCAGCAGUAUAAGAAGCUGGUGGAGAAGCUGCUGGGGAAUCACAUGCAGGAGGUUGGCAUCGACGAGCAGCAGUUUCUGGAAGCGUGCACCUCUCCUUUUGCCAAGUCCAAAAUACUGCAGUCGGUGUUCCAGACAGUUCUGGCGACCGAUGACUUCCAGAUAUUUCACUCCAUGAUGGUCCAGAAGAACAUGGAGCUGCAGUUUCAAGCCCUCCGAGUCAUUAAAGAAAGGAACGGGGCCCUCCCCGAGUGUCUGACCGAUGGUGUGGACGUGAUGACAGAGCUGCAGGAUCAAGAGAUGAAAAUCCUGCAGGAAGUUCUCAAAAAGUCAAAAGAGGAGUAUGAUGAGGAAAUGUCCAGGAGGCUGCUUUUAGAUGAAGAGGUUGGCUCCACUUCCAGCAGCUGCUCUGAUAAGCCAAUGGCAGAAAGCAGUGGAGCCCAGAACGCCUCCGCUGAUCCCAGCCAACAAAGCAGCACUGCCGAGGUCAACACAUCUGUCACGAAGGAAGAGAGCAAGACAGACGCCCCGGGAGGAGAUAAGAAGAGUGCGGCCAAACGCAGCUCCACGUCUAAACCCACAGCAGCUUGUGGCAGUAAUGGUGUGGAGUCCCGGGUCCUUCCAGCACUGAGAGCUCCAGGAAGGUCCGGUGAACCCUCCGUCGGCCUCGGUCCUGCAGCCGAGGCGUGUCUGGAGGAGGCGCACAGGGAGGCUGGCUUCUCCAAGCCAUAUACUGAGUUAACAGCGUCUCAGCAGGAGCAGCUCCAGCAGAGGGCGGCAUAUCUGCGUCAACAGCGAGACAAGCUGCACGCGCUGAAAAAAGAGCAGCAGAAAAGCAAGCAGGGGGCCACGCCAGAGGAGACCCCCGCCCCCAGCCCCGCCCCCACCGUCCCGGAGGCAGUGGGGCAGUCCCAGAGGAACGGGGCCUGUACCCUUCCUCCUCUUCCUCUUCCUCCUGCUCCUCUUCCUCCAGCACAACUCUCUGCUCACUCCUCCAAACAGAAGGUGAUGCAUCAACUGCCUCGGUCGCAAACCCCCAAGAACCGAAAAGUUCUAUGUGUUCCUUUUCACAAAGUGAAGAGAAUUAGGUCUCAUUUACAUUGUGGACUUACGUGUUUUUUAAUUGAAAAGUAUCAUUUUUAAUUCAUCAACACAUCCUCUUUAGAUCUAUAAAGCUUUUUAUAAACACUGACAAUACAAGCCGUAUUUCCAAUAGCAGCUGCUUGUGUUUAGGUUUCCUAGCUCAUGGUGUGGAUGCGUGUGCUUGGUUGUAUUUCCCUUCUUGCUUUCUCAUCCCUCUCCACACGUUGUCUUCAGCCACUGGUGGUGAUUUAUUGGUUUUCUUCUCACAGGAGAUAUCCGCUGAGGAGAGGAAGAAGCUACAGAAGAGAAAACAUCUGGCGGACAAGCUGAAAGAGGAAGUGAUAAAGAAAUAACUGCAAUAUUCCAAAUGAUAUCCCCAAUCCGUUUGCUCCGUUAAUCACACAUGUUCUUCCUUCACGCCGCCUCCUCCAGAUCAGAUCAGAUAGUUCACUUUGCGUAACACAGACAAGGAAACACAAACACUAUGAGAUCGCACUUCUUUUGUUAUCUUCGUCGCCGUCUACACGGGAAGGAGGUACAUCUGCUUGUAUAUCUGGGAUGUACCAGUGUGUCUCCACUCUCCACUAUGAGCACACACACACACUCACACACACACACACACACACAAAGUAUUCAAGCAUGUUUGACUGAGAAAGUGGCGAAAACACAACGACCAGUCGGGCAACAUGCUGCCAGUGUUACUAGAGUUGAGUGGAGAACCCAGAUGGCUCAUACUUUAAACAUCAUGCGUUACAACGCGUGUCCACGGCGCUCCCUAUUGGCCACUGGCUGCACUACAUUUACUUUAAUGUCAUUUAGUCUGUGUCCAAAUUCUAAAUGCAAAAUAUAUGGACUGUAUAGUGGCCUCGAACCCCCCCACCCCCCAACCCACCCACGCUGGAAUGAAAACUGCAUUCGCUGCAUGCACACAACUAAAAAUAUAUAACAAUGCAGUGCUUCACUAUUGAUAGUAUUGUUUAUUAUGCAACGCUACACUGAUCCGGUUAUGAUCCAAAAGCGUGACUUAUGACUCAUUGACUGAAACACAUUCCUGCAUGUUUCUCUGUAGAAAACAGCCAAAAGAAAGAGUCAUGAAUGUAUCCGUGAGUGACGGCUUCAUGCUGGUGGAAGAGUUUUAGGUUUCAGGGGGGCGGUGACGUUAGGGACAGUCUGGUCGUGAGAGACAGAGGGGCGGAGUCAGCCGGUACGCCAUGAAGGUGAUGACGCUCGUCCUCGCCGAGGAGCUUCGGUGGAAGUCGAGAGGGACGUGCUCGUGUGAACCGUGAAGGGGCCGAAGCAACGGCGUGUCGCUUCCCACGAGGAAAGCAGUAUUUCAUGUGUACGCUGUUUAAUAAAUCACAUUUUAUAGAAACGA